GCUACCAUGGAAAUCCCCAAUGCCAACUGGCCAGAUAUUGACUAUGUGAAGGUGCCUGUUCCAGACCUCCCCCAUGCUCCACUGUCUUUGUACUUUGACUCUGUGGCCGAUAGGAUACACCAGACAGGGAAGAAGAACGGAAGAACUCUAGUCCACUGCGUGGCAGGUGUCAGUCGGUCUGCCUCCCUCUGUAUUGCUUACCUAAUGAAAUAUCAUCGGUUGAGCCUCUUGGAUGCUCACGAGUGGGUGAAGAGCAGGCGACCGGUUGUAAGGCCCAACGCAGGUUUCUGGAGACAGCUCAUUGAAUAUGAAUGCAAGCUGUUUGGCAAGAACACUGUCAAGAUGGUGCCUUCACCUGUUGGGUUGGUCCCAGAUGUCUAUGAAAAGGAGACCCGUGGGCUGGUCCCCUUGUGGAAUUUGAGAUAAAGACUAUCAUUGAAAUGGGCUGUGGACCACCUUGACUUAGAAUGAAAAAGUUCCACUAUGUUAGGACAUUUAACAGGACUGUUCAAUGUGGUGGAUCUUAAUAAGAAAUUCUGUUAAUGGUAGUCUUUUUCUAAGACCUUGCAAUAUCAGUACAAUAGAUCAUGGAAAAGACAUGAGUUUCUUGAACUUUUCAGUAUGAUGACAAUGCUGUUUGUUAUCAUCCUGUCAAACAUUGCUAAGAACAUGUAUCUUGCUUACAGUCUGAGAUAAGAAAUGGUUAAACACAAACUUACAGGCAGUAAAGAUUACUGUACUAUCUAAGGCAGAGGAGGCUCCAAGGUCUUUAUAAAUUAAUCUUUGCAUAGUAAGGAGAAAUAUCUUUCCCUUUUCUUCCCCCUUCUGCUUCAAGAGUUUCAGAAAUCCUUCCUUGGGUGUGCUUUAAUUUGAAUAAGCACAAUACACUUUCCUUUCUGGAGAGUUAAGCCCUAAAAUGAUGUGAAUUAAAACAAUGAUUCAUCCAAAGAGUCAGGAUUUUGAGGAAUGCACAUAAACUCUGAACAGCAGCAGCCAAGAAUCUGGGACGAGCACAACUAUCAACAAUAGGUAUAAGAUGCCAACUCUACAAGGGAAUGUUAUUUCAUACAUACAUUCACUAAGCAAGUUGCAACUUGGCCAUGGUAUGCCACUCUUGUGGGGAAGAUAGAAAUUUUUGAAUAUUGGCUCAGGUUACACUCAAACAGGGUAGAGAUGUAAUUGGAAAGGGAUUGAAGAACAAAUACGCCAAUCAAGCCUUCUUCAUACCCCUUGUUAAGAUUCAACUCUAUGUACCAGGGAAGCUUUCUCAACACACUACACCUU